UUUCAAGGUAUUGACACUUUCAAAUUGAUAAAGAUACCCACAUUACAUGCGAUUUGAUAAUACUUUUCAGAUCGAUUUGACAUCGCAAUGCAAACUUCACGUGUUUUUGCCUGCCUAUUAUAUCUAUAUCUGGUGGAAGCCCUUGUUCCAAGAGAAAAACUGAAAGCGUUCGACUUUUCCCCUCAACUAAGUAGACUAACUUUCGAAGGUUUCUCCAAAAAUUGUUCGCAACAGCUAUCAAAGUAUGUCACGGAUCUCAUACAUAUGAAGCGAUGGGCACUAGAAAGUAAUGUACGACGCGUCAGGAAAGUAUCCAACGGCGAAAAUGAACGCCAACUCUUACGCACUGGGAUCUUUCGACCAGUGUAUAAAUAUCGCCGAAGGUCCACCAGAAACUGUAAUUUCCGGAAAGUACUGCAUUGGUAAACUUCGUCCGAAUUGGGAAUUGACUGUCAGUUCAUCUGGCUUUGACGAAAUCCGCAUUGGUAUCUGCAUACCCAGUACAUGCACUGCAAAGGAAGUUGAGAGCUAUUAUCAGGAAAUAAGCAGCAUAUCGGAGGAUUCUUGUCAAACUACAAAAGAUCACUUCCAAUUAGACGCCGGAAGCAAAAUUAUUUUAACCUUUUUUGCGCUCUGGAUUUUAUGGGUCAUAUUCUCCACGAUUUAUGAUAUAGUAAUUCAACACAUGAAUAAAGAGCCUUUGCAUUGGUUACUGGUUUCCUUUUCUUGGUAUACAAACGCCAAGAGACUUUUUGAUGUAACCACAGACGAAACUGAGAUCGCUUGUUUACAUGGAAUGCGAGUAUUAACGAUGAUAUGGAUCAUUGUGGUGCAUCAUCAUUUGAAUGCUGGUGACUUUCCAUUUAGGAAUAACAUCAAGAAAGAAUUUUUCGCUACUCAUAUUACAAGGGGUAUAAUUGCCACAGGAGCCGAAACUUCGGUCAAUACUUUCUUUUUGUUAAGCGGAUUGACAUUGUCUUAUGUUUUCAUGAGAAAAACUGCCAGGUUUGGGAAGUUCAAUCUAUUGGCGUUUUACGUUCACAGAUAUGUUAGAUUGACACCAACACUGGGUGUCAUUAUUCUUGUUUACGUCUUCUUAUUGAAGUACAUGGGAUCCGGGCCGUUGUGGCCCGAAAUCGUUGAACGGUUAUCUGCCUCAUGUGAGACAAAAUGGUGGAAAACGUUGUUGUAUAUUCAAAACUUUGACAGUCACAUAUGCGUAGAACAGUCAUGGUUCCUUGGGAUGGACACGCAACUCUACCUUCUGUCACCACUGCUGCUAUUGUCUUUACUAAAAAAGCCAAGGUUAGCUCUAUACGCAAUUGGAGGACUUGCCAUGUGCUGCGUGGCUUUGAGUAUUAUUCCAACGUUGCUCUUUGCACGAAAUAGAAGUCAAUAUUCCUCGACUGUGAUGGAGAUGCAUGAUCGGGCGCCUUAUAACGUGGCCGGCUCGUGGUUGCUGGGAAUGAUUUUGGGCUACCUCAUUUACAAUAACAGUAGCAGAAAGUCGAACAUAAAUAUUAAUAAAAUCUAUGUUGUAGUUCUCUGGACAGCUGCCGUUGGUGCAAUACUAGCCUGCAUGUUUUAUCAAUUUCACGGUGUUGAGUUAAUGGUCAUUUCCAAAUCUCUUAGAAGAACUGCAUGGUCGCUUGCUGUUGCGUUGAUCAUUUACGCCUGUCAAUUUGGAUAUGGAGGGAUCAUAAACAGGUUUUUGUCUAACAAAAUAUUUAAAUUUUUAUCAAGGAUAUCGUAUAGUGUCUUCUUAUCGCAUAUUUUAAUUCAAAUUGUACUAAUCGAAAGCAUGCAGGUGCCUGUCGUGAUAACACAAAGUUAUUUGCUGGAAACAGUAUUAAUUAACUUUGUCGUUACACUUCCAGUAUCAAUUUUUUUAACUGUAACAUGUGAAUCCCCACUCAUAUCCAUCGAGAAAAGGAUACUAGGCAGUCAUAGGAAUCAAAUGAAAAAUGUUGAUAAGUCAAAAGGCAUCUGAUGGGGCCUUGGAGUAACGUUCAUCAUCGUUCUUAAUAAUUGAGUGUAUAUUACUUUAUAUAGACAAUGGACCAUAUGAAUAAAAGGGAGCAUAUGCUUAUACUU